UGUAUGUGUGUGACUUACGUCAGGGCAGACAUGCAGUCGUACUACUAUUUAUUUAUGUCGACUCCAGUGUAAAUAUCUCAAUCAUAUAAGUUGAAACAAACGCACCACACCGAAGUUAAUACUCACGCACAUUUGUCAAGUCGAUCGACAUGAAAACAAUAAAAAAAAUUUUGCAGCAUGCCUUACUGAUUAAAAUAUGAUCUUCCAUUUCGGACGGAUUUUUGAAAACGGACCGGUGUUGUCGCAGCCCGCAAAUCAAUUUAGUGAAAAUGUGUCUCAGUGAUGAAUUCCGUGGACGCGAGUUACACGAAGGACUAUGACACGAUCGUGCGAACUGGAAUAGUUUUCGUUUUAUGAAAAGUUGGAUUAGUAAGCAACCAUGGGCAACUCUUGUAGCAGCGGACAGGCUCACAAGGAUAAGGAUAACAUGUCCCAGAGAUCGGAAGAGUCGGGGAGCUAUCAGAUCCGAACGAGUCUGCCGACUGAGAAGCAACAGACUCUUCUGAACCAUAUAACACCCCAUUCGGGUGUUAUUUUAGAGCCGAGCACAGCGGGACAACAGUCGCUUCAGCGCACGGGUGGCCAGCAAUCCGUUCCUUCGACGUUAGUGACAGAGAAAAAGCCAAAUAAGAUCUUGAAAGGAGUUACCGCCGCCAGUAUAUCGGCAGAUUCAAUGUCAUUAAGUUCACCACCUGGUACCCAUAGUCCGAAGGACUUUGGAAAAGAGGACGGAAAUUUGCCAAAAGAAGUGUCCAGCCUGAAUGAACAAUUACAACAUUUAAUAAUGGGUAGAGUUGCGCACGCAAAAACCGCAACAAGAACUAGAAAGAUAGUCAUAUAUGUUUGUGCUGCCGACUCUCAGGAUUGUACGGUUGAAAAAGGUGCAUUACACAACACCGUUUAUCCAGAAUUAAGGGCUAUGUGCAGAUCUAAAGGCUAUGAGCUUCACAUAGUCGAUCUUCAUUGGAAAACACUUUUGGAAAAACAGCAGGACCACGAGUUUCCUGAACUUUGUAUCGGAGAGCUGACUCGUCAAAUGGAAAUUGCCUAUGUGAUACCAGUACUAUUUCUUAACAAUUCUUUGGGAACCCCGCUAUUGCCCAUUACAAUUGAAAGUAAUGACUUCAAAAUGGCCAUGGAAAGUGCUGAAAAUCAGUCUGCUCAAACUCUGUUGUCCAAAUGGUAUCAGCUGGAUAGUGAUUCUCAACCGCCGUGCUAUCGACUACAGCCAAUAGCAUGUCACAUUCCUGGCUUCAAAGAGACAUCACACGAAUUUAGAGAGAAAGCCUUGGAAGAGUGGAGAUCUGAAAUUGAGAAAAUGUUGGCCGUGCUUAUAACAGUAUUUUCGACUGAACUCAGAGACACUUACUUAACAACGGUGGUCGAACAGGAGGUGCAUAAUACUGUAUUCAUGAGUCAAGAACUGGCGAAGAGGUGUAUAUGGAUGAACCGAGUCUACACACCAACUGCAAAAACACCAGACAAUAUGAGCCCCGUUGACGCUGAAGCUUACAGACGAUUAGGUAUACUCCAAAAGGAUUUAAGAAAUCAACUAACGGAGAAACACAUUAUUCGUAUACCGGUACGCUAUGUGGACGGGGGAAUAAAUAUGGAUAUUCAAGAACACCAACAAUAUAUUUCCUUAGUAACUUUAAGUUUACAAAAACAGUUGCAUGAAAUGAUUGAUUCUAUCAUAGAAGAACACCAAGGCAAAACAAUGUUGAAGCCGAGUUACGGCAUUGAAGCCUCUCUUUUCGAGGAACUUAAUCAACAAACCAGUUUCUGCCAAAAGGCUGCCCAAUGCAGUAUUAAUAGAGAUAAAACUAUAAAUAAUAUUAGAACGUAUAUCUUGGGAGACAGCACAGCCCCAUUGGUUUUGUAUGGUCCCGGUGGAUGUGGAAAGACAACGCUGCUGGCUCGUGUCGCGCAGUGUUGUCAGCAAUGGUUGCCGGAAGCUUUCGUAAUCCUUAGAUUCGUCGGCAUUAGUGCCCAAUCAAGUACCUUAGAACAAUUACUCAGUUCAAUUACAAAUCAAUGUUCCAUUUUAACCUACGGUCAUAAAUGUUACUGCACUCAUAGCUUGGAAUCUUAUGAAAAAAUCCUACCCACUCUUUUGACGGCCAGUUGUUUGCAAAGGCCGUUAAUAAUAGUAUUAGACGGGAUAGACCAAGUGCGGUCCUACAGUUCUAAAUCUAUCAACUGGUUGCCAACUAAGCUGCCAGAUAACAUAAAACUCUUGCUUUCUGUAUCAGAAGGCACCGAUAUGCAUGAAGAAAUGUCCCAUAAAUUUAAUGAGGACAGCUUCAUUAAAAUGCCUCUCCUUGGCGAGGCCGAAGCCAAAGGUAUUCUUAUGUCUAGCGUAAUGCAAUAUAAUCAUAGCGUUAAUUCUAAAGUACAAGACUGCGUGUUGAAAUCUGUCCAAGAAUGCACACUUCCAUUAUAUUCCAAGGUUUUAGCUUGGCAGACGUCUUGGUGGGUCGACAAAGAACACGAUAUUGUUCCGAAAGGUCACGUCAAUGAUCAAUUGAGUUUGAUGUUGGAGGAAUUAGAAACCAUAUUAGAUAAGACACAGGUCCAACAUGCACUGGCUAUCAUAACUUGCACAAAACACGGAGUUACUGACUCGGAAAUGAUGGAUCUACUAGCAUUCGAUGAGAACUUUCACAGUACGACAACUUAUGUAUCAUGGGCCCCAGCAUGUCUUGCAUGGUCCAGAUUGAAUAAGCAUUUGGCACCUUUCCUUCAAUGGACGCUUACAGGCGGAGUUCUAGGGGUUCAGUGGAGGGAUAACAUGUUGAGGCAAGCGGUGGCUACCAGAUAUAAGCAACAUGCAAAAUGGGCACACCAAAUGUUAUAUGAUUAUUACAACGGCAAAUGGUGGACGAACAAUCCAAAAAAUCUUCAAGCGCGUUUGGUGUGCCAAGAUAAUAUGCUAGGAAAAUGGUAUAAUCGCAGAAAAUUGGAUGAAUUACCUUUCCACUACUUCCAACUGAAAUCUGAAAUUGAACAUUCUCAAUACAUCUCUGACAUGAACUGGAUCUAUGAUAAAGUAUGCGGCUCGAAUUGCUACCAAAUUCUAGAGGAUAUCCAACUUCAAGAACAAAUCACGGAAGAGUCCACCAAAAUUCUGAAGACUUUCAUCGAGACGCAUGCCAGCGUUCUGAAUUACGACGGCAGACAGUUUUAUUCACAUCUGUUUACCUAUUUGGAAGGGAAAAUGAAGAUAAAUGAGAUUGUGAUCGAUUCGGAUUCCAAAGUGUCGAAUAUGUAUCAGUUGGCAAAAAAUCCACCAGUUACGUCAUUAAUUCCGUUAAAUUCCGACAUGCUAGAACAAGACUGUGAAACGACUGAAAGGACGUUACGUGAAAAAACAUUUGACUUAGUGUGUAGAAUCCCCGACACUGAUCAGUUUAUUGUUACUGUAUCAACCAAUAAGGAAGAAAUUUGUGUAUGGAACAUUAAAACGUCUGAAGCUGUUAGAAUUUUAAAAGGUGUGCCACAUCCGACCAACUUAAUACCAAUCGACCAGUUUAAAUGUAUAGUAUUAUGUAGAAGGGAAUUAAGAAUAUACGACUUAAACUCUGGCAGUUUCUUAACCAAGCUAAAAGGAGUAAUGAACCAGAAAAUGCCUUAUUAUGGGCUCCAUGACCAAUCGCACUUAGUGGCACUUAGUAGAAACAGAAUGUACAUUAAUCUUAUGAACUUAGAGACAGGUGACUGUGUGACGACAUUUAAAGCUGGAGAGGACCGCUUCCUAAAUUCCCUCCUGGUUUCGGGCGAUGGAAGGGUACUUGUUUGCGGUGACGAGACCCAAAAACCAUUUCCACUUUUAGUGUGGAAUUUACAAUCUAGAAAAUUGCUGUAUGAUCUCAGAAUACCUCACCAUGAUUUUAUUACAUCCUUGUCGGCUAUCACUUAUGAAGGCAACUAUGUUUGUUGUGUUUGCCAUGAGAUUGACGAGCCCAAUCCGAAUUUCAUAGUUGUGUAUGACUUACAAAGUGGAACUUUGUUUAAGAAAUGGAAACCAUCUUGUAAUACGGUAUCACUAGAAAUUAGCUCUCAAGGUGGAUGUGUCAUAUCUGGUCUGGAGGAUGCUAGAAUACUCGUUUGGGAUUUAAUAACAGGAAAUUGUCGAUGGUCCUUGUGUGGUCAUACCGCUCCAGUAUCCACGCUGAAACUAGACCCAACUGGUAGUUUGUGUCUAUCCACCGACGCCGAAUGUCGAGACCGUUCAAUAGGCGUGUGGGAUCUUAACAAAGGUAACUUGGUAGCAGUGUACACACCAAAAAUUAAUAUCAGUGCGUGUGAAAUCACUUCAAACGGUCAACAUAUCGUACUGGCACUGGAAGACCACAAGCAGUUAGUGACCCUACAGCUUAGAGGACCGAUAGCCAAUAACGCACAAGAAGAUGAGAUCUACGGCAAUCCCGAAAACUGUGGAAAAAUUUUCGAAUUGAAGGACGAGUGCUGACCGGCAUAGGCUUCUCAAUUAUCCCAGGAAUUGUAUUAUACAAUAUUAUCUUUCAACAGCUUAUUUGUCAAUUUUUUAAGCCUGUGAACUGUGCUGGCUGCAGUUCCAGAACUACACCUGUAAUACUUGCAAUUUUAGUGAUGUAUAUGAACAUUCCAAUGGCAGUAUCAAUUGCAGUAGCGACAAAUCAUAUAGAAACAAUAAAUUUACUUGCUAGUCAUUAGGUAUAGUGUUGCAGAUGCUGGAGAGUCAAGUAAGAGACCCACAUAAACGUUUAUUCUAAGAAUAAGUUGAGCAAGAAGGUUAUGAAUUAAAUUCCAUACUGUGGAUACAUUGCAUUGGUGUAUUUGUGUUGGUCCAACUGCGAAAAUUGCAAUCAUUGCACGUGUUAAUUAAACAGAAGAAUCGUGUGUUGCCGAGAAUAAAUGUUUAAGUCCAACGAAAACGAAAAAUAUUGCAGUUUUAAAUGUACCGGACUCAUACUAUUGGCACUUAAAGUGAAUACUAAAUAAGUACUUUUGAGCAGUAAUAUUUUCAUAUAUAUUAUAUUAUCUUUCGUGAUUUCCGUAUCUAGGUUUGCUUGAAGUAAGGGUUAUUACACUUUAUGUAAAAAUAUAUUAGUAAGUAUGUUAAAAUUCUAUUUAGUUAGAUGUAUCUUUCCUAAAUUAUCACUUUGAGUGUCGUUGCCAUAAUUUUCAUUAAUAGUUAUAGCAUUUAGUGUAUAAACUAUCAUGAAUAUAACUUAAUUCAUCUUAAACAUUAGAUAUUAAUACAAAAUUAACGUCAUUCGAAAUAGAAUUGGAUUUAAAUAAACUUUAAUACUCUUUUCUUAUAUUAAGAAAAUCUAAUUAGGUACAUGCUAUUUCUUCAUAAUAUUGAUGUUAGGAAUGUUUGGCCUUCUUACUCAGUUUUUCAUAACGUAUAUAUGGCAAUGGAUUGUUUGUGUUUUAAGUUGUUUUAAAAACGUUGUAAAUUAUGUAUAUUUUUAUAAAAUUUUGACAAAUAAGUAACCAUUAAAUGCCAAUGUUAUAGUGUAAUUAAACCUCCUAUUGUUGAAAUAAAAAAUGAUAUAUUCCCAUCUGGUAUGUGGAACUAUAUUAAUUAAAAAUUAUAUUUGUAUGUUGUGAUUCUUGUGUAUAAAUAAAUGUAAUAAAUAUUA